CUCACACUAAACCUGCUGUACUGCUGUAAAGGCUUUACUAGUGUCCUGUUAUUGUUACUUGUAGCUUUCUUUCCUUAAAACUGUCUUACAGCAAUGAAUGUGAGGCUGACAGGCCUGCUGCUAGCCAGUUUUGUUAUUUUGGCUCCGGCAAUGUAUUUUGAUUUAGGGGAACAGGAGGAAAAGUGUAUCAUUGAGGAGAUUCCAGAGGACACACUUGUGUCAGCAAGUUGGAUUAAAUCACAACAUGAGGGCAACUUUCUGCUAGAGCACUGGGAUGAAAAUAAGAAGGGCAAUAUCCGACAUCUUGGUUUGACUGUGACUGUGAGAGACCCUAACCAUGCGGUGGUCUUGUUAAAACGCUUUGGAAAAUAUGGAAAAUUCACCUUUACAUCCCAAGCUUCGGGUCAGCAUUACUUGUGUAUGCAGUCCAACUCCACCAGGUUCUCAGUGUUUGCUGGUGAUCGUCUGAAAGUACAUUUAGAUGUCCAAAUGGGUGAGCAUACCAUUGAUCCUAAUGCUGAGAAGGCAAAGGACACCAUGAAGGUAAUGGAGAACAACUUGCAACAUCUCAUUGACCAGAUGCGUUACAUUAGCAGGCAGCAAAAUUUCCAAAGGGAACGUGAGGAGAAGUUUCGCCAAAUGAGUGAGGAAACAAAUGGAAACGUUUUGUGGUGGGCCAUUAUUCAGACAUCAAUACUACUCUCUGUUGGAAUCUGGCAAAUGAAAAACCUCAAAAACUUUCUCAUUGAAAAGAAGUUGGUUUAGCUUUAUGAAAUGGCUAACUGUGUGUUUUGAUAACUGUAACACUGUUGAAGCAUUUAGAAAAAUGUGUAAGUCUAAUUUACCUCAUCUGAGCAUAAACUGUCAUCUACCCUGCUAUAACUGAACUGAUUUUAAUAAAUCCAUAUUACAUACUU